AUGGCAGAUCUGCCAUCCACUCAGCUAGCAUCGACGAGGCGACCACACACGUGCACACAUCCACAAUUGCAUGACAUUUGCAUUGUCACUCGUCUUCGCCUUCGCCUUCGCCUUCACCCCACCAACGGUGCUCCGCGACCUCGCAAAGCCGAUCCUCCCUCCGCUUUUCCUUACACCCUCUCUCCCUCCUUCCCUCCCUCCUACCUGCCGCAUCUCUUUGCCACCCACUUCAUUUCUUCCACCAACACCACCACCGCCAAGUGGUCACACGUUCACACACAACGUGGCCUCCUGUGCCAAACUAAUUGCAUGACAACUGUGACAAAGCACUUUGGGGAAAGACGAAAAGGCGACUGUGGUAGCAGCGAACCCCACGUCAUUCGCCUUCCCAACAGCGUCCUCACCGACUCUUUGUUCCACUCCACCACACACACCACCAUGUCAGUCAAAUGUGCUCGCCGUAGCAACACUGCCUCCUUGAAGGCAGACACGAGCCUCGUUGUGAGGGCCACCUGCAGUGCUAUUGACGAAUUGCACAGCACGCCCUUCCCCCCUCCCACCUCUCCCUCACCCCACGUCGCCCUCCGUCUCCAUCUAAUUCAAUCAGCCGUAGGUGUCAUUCAGCCUCCACUGAGCAGUGUGUGGUCCUCACUUCUCCCUCUCCAUCUCCCUCUCCACCUGUAUCGUCUUGGUCGCCACGACCACCAUCACCCCGUCAUCAUCAUCAUCAUCAUCCGUGAUGACACAUGGAAGGCCAGUCUACUUCGUCACUGCAUCCCAUCUUCACUGCCCCUUAUACUGCACUUACCACCUCAUUCGUCGUCGUCUUUAACCUGUCUCAUCUCUUCCUCCGUUCUCCUUCCGAUUCCUUCCCUUUCACGAGCUGCUCCUCACCAAUUCAUUCAUCCAUGUCACCUUGAGGUCCAACAUUUAUGGCAAUGUUGGCGCAUGAGUAGCGAAGUCAUCUCUUGA